ACCGUCCGUGUACCUGUGCGUAUCCUCCCUCCCGUCGAGACGGCUCCGGAGAGUGCGACCGUUUCAACACCCAUCCGCUGCAAUCCUUCACCAAUAAGGGAGCAGCGCGAGUGGUAUGGUUGGUUGAUUCCGUCCGAACCAGGCUGCAGCUUGCAGUUCUUUUUGGACAGGAAGCCAGCAGGAUUCUCGAUCGGAGAACAUGUUUUCUUUCAGGUCCAGGUCAUCUUCCAAUGGCAACAAAGUCCCAGACUCAGGCUUCUUGGACGAAUCAGACAUGCAGAAACAAUUGAACAGACUGCAGGAGGAGCUGAGGAAGGAGAAAGAGGAGAAGGCGCGUGCCCUAGAUGAGAUCGAAGAGCUCAGGAAGACGAACACGAAUAGGAACAAAAAGUUGAAAAGCAAUGGGGCCGAAGGGCAGGUGGACCUUGCAGACAGAUUACAGCAGUUGGAAGGUGAACUGGAGGCUGCAAGAGAUUCAGAGAAGAAGAUGCUGCUGUCAUUGGAGGCCCAAACAAAGCAGCUUGAGCAGACCAAGGUAUCUCUGGAGGAGGCCAAGCUUGAGAUAGCUUCACUAAGAGACAGCACCAAAAGCUCAGAAGCCUUUAAUCCCGGUAGGCAACCAGUGAAGAAUUUGAGGAGAAGGGGCGUGAUGUCCUUCUCCUUUGCUGAUCCAGGUGAAGUGGAGACAUGGUCACUACACCGAGAGCUCAAGCUCGCUGUGGAAUCCGAGGAGAAGUGCAAGAAGGCCAUGGAUGACCUGGCCAUAGCCUUGAAAGAGCAAAGCACAGAGGCCAGAGAGGCAAAAGGGAAGCUUCUGUUGGCGCAAUCUGAGUUGAAUAAUGCAAGGACUGAAGUGGAGAGCUUGAAAGCCUCGUUAGAAACUGCAGCAGACAAGCUCCAGUUGGCACUGGAAGAGGCAGGGCGACUAAAGGUUGAGUCAGAUGAAUUGGCAGCAGCAUCAAAAGAGAAAGAGAGGGGACUCGUUGAUUGCAUCAAGAUGUUUGAGGGGGAGCUAAGUAAAGGAAAGCAAGAGAAUGAGAAGUUGAUUGAAUCACAGAGGGUGAUCAGAGAUGAGAAUUCUAGGCUGAGGGAAAUGCUGAAGCAUGCGGUGGGUGAAGCUAAUGUAGCAAGGGAAUCAUUGGAGAUUGCCAGGGUGGAGAACUCUCGCCUUAAUGAACAGAUGUUCGAGAAAGAGAGUGCCUUACAGAGUAUCAAGCAAGAAUAUGAAUCCCUUAAGAUCAGUGAGGCAGCAGCACAGAGUAGUAUUAAAGAGUUGAAGGAUAUGAUUGAUGCUAUGUUCAGUUCAGAAUCGACCAAAACCUCAGCAGAAGCAUCUCCUCGGGAUGCCAAGCGAGGUGAGAUGAAAGAAAGUUCAGUGGCAGCAGAUGAUGUGUAUUUUGAUGUCCAAAGAUCUACUCGGCUGGAGGAGAUCAAGAAUCCUGGAAAACAGAAAAAGAAGACAAUUGUCAGAAAGUUUAGCGAAAUAAUGAAGAAAAGCAACUCUCAAAAGGCAAUCUAGUAUUUAUGAAAGCAGUAUAGGUUCCAUUUUCUUUGUUCACAGCCCUUGAGCACAUGACAUAUGGAAUGCCAAAGAUUUCACUCCAAGGGAUGCAAAGCUAUUUGCGGUGACCUCUUGUUUUACUUUGUGUCACGGAUUUAAUGUACAGAGAAUAGAAAAUGAAAAGUGGAAUAGCUUGCGAUAGUCCUUUGUA